AUGCCAUCUCUUAUUAAGGAAGUAUCAGCUCUGGUCCGCGCUGCCUCACUCCAAAAGCAAUCCGUCGAGGAUUUACGCCGCCGCGGUGUCACCAUUAUUGCAGCCGACUUACAGGGCCCCGAAGACGAUUUGACCUCUGCACUGGCUGGUAAAGAUGUGCUGAUUGCAUCACUCCCGCCCCAAAAUACUUUGGACCAAAUAGGCCUCGCCACUGCAGCGGUAAAGGCUGGGAUCAAACGUUUUGUUCCAAAUGCCUGGGCUACAGUUGCCCCUGCCGAAGGAGUCAUGAUCCUCCGAGACGUGAAGGAACAGGUUUUCAACCAUAUCAAAAAGAUUCGACUUCCUUUCACCAUCAUUGAUAUCGGGUUCUGGCACGAGGGGGUGACGCCUGUCGUCCCUUCGGGCAAGUUUGGUACCGCGUCAAUGGUGGGCAAGAACUUUCUGAUUGGAGACGGUUCGACACCAUCCGCAGUCACCUCGAUGGACGACGUGGGGCCAUUUGUGGCGCGCAUCAUUGCAGACCCCCGGACUCUCAACCGUUACGUAUUUGCGUAUGGUGAAAUCAAGACUCAGCUGGACUGCCUCUCCCUUGCCAAGAAACUUACAGGCGAGGAGCUCGAAGUGGUGCCAAUUUCACUGGAUAAAGUCUCGCAGUUGGCUAAUGCCGCCGAGACCGACGAGUAUACCUUGUGGCACAAGAUGUUUGUGCAAUAUUUCAAUACCGUCUGGGUGAGAGGCGACAAUUGCCCUCGAUAUGCGAAAGAAUUGGGGUACAUGGAUGCAAAGGAACUAUACCCCGACUUGCCGUUCAAGACACUGGAAGAAAGUAUGCUUGAGACUCUUCAAGGCCGCAGGAAUUUUCCCGAAGCAAUUGGCGAUGACCAAUACUGGGAGGUCAUUGCCAAACUUCUUACCGGUGGUGUUUUAUAG